AUGGAGAACGUACCGGUCCCGGAUGACGAAAAAGACAGCAAUUCUCCAAUUUCCACGGAAAAAGUCAGAGACACUAUAUUUCAAAACAUUAUACGUGCGCAAUUCGGCACAAACGGAUUGACGUUUAUUACCAAUUUGUCAGCACUGUUCGCUCUGCUUUUCAUAUUCAUACUGACCGUACUCAUAUACAUGUCUGUGGAUUUUUACGGAAAAAUCGAUUCGUACGAAAAAAAUAAAUUAAACAUCCCCGUCAUAGUCAACGCGCCAGAUGAAAAAUCGAGUACGCGUUGA